AUCUUGAUCACAAGGUAUAGUCUCUCACUCCUCCUCCUGUCUCAUGUCUCCUCUCUCGCUUUAUUCCUAAUUUUCUGAAUGUGGCGGAGUGCUUUGCUUGACCCAACAGCAGAUCUGAUUUUAAUAAGGACGUGCGGGCUCUGUGGAUUGUUUUAAACCGCAUACUUUUGCGUUCCUUCUCAGUCAUCUUGCGCGUAACCGCAUCCAUACUUUCACUAUCCCUUCUAUCAACACGGAUGUCCAGCUUCAGGGAGAGGAUAUGUACCAGGGCAUAAUGACAACCAACCACGGACACCCUUCCUAUGAGGCCGGAUUUCUCCACAACGCCUCGGCGGGCACCUCUCCGGUUUAUGUGCCCACCACCCGGGUUGUCACCCCCAUGAUCCCUGCGCUGCCUUACCUCCAGACGCCCGGUGCGUCGCAGCAGAGCAGCCCCGCGUCGAGCCACUCUGCCUGGGCGCAGCCGGGCGCCGACUCGGUGCCCGCGUACAACCACUCCCCGGUGUCUCAGCGUUUCACCUUCUCCACCAGCCCGCCUCUGUCCUCCGGGGUGGCCACGGCCCGGGAGGCGGGAGCCUCAUACACCAGCCCGCUGAACAUCUCCGCAAACGCGAGGGAGCACUACGGCGCCCGGGGCAUCAGCGGGUCGCACUACAGCCCCUACCCGGCCUACAUGAGCCCGAACGUGGGCGGAACGUGGCCGGCGUCGCCCUUCGAUAGCCAGGUCCUCCACGGACUCCAAACAGGUGCUCCUCCAGGCGCAACACGGCACCCAAACAUAGAUUUGUUUGAUGAUUUUGCUGAGGGGCGGGAGUGUGUGAACUGCGGGGCGAUGUCGACUCCCCUCUGGAGGCGGGAUGGUACCGGCCACUACCUGUGUAAUGCCUGUGGGCUGUACCACAAGAUGAAUGGCAUCAACAGACCUCUUAUCAAACCCCAAAGACGACUGUCUGCCUCGAGGAGGGUGGGCCUGUCCUGCACCAACUGUCACACCACCACCACCACCCUGUGGCGACGAAACGCAGAGGGGGAGCCGGUCUGCAACGCCUGUGGCCUCUACAUGAAACUCCACGGGGUACCCCGACCCCUGGCUAUGAAGAAAGAGGGGAUCCAGACCCGCAAACGCAAACCCAAGAACCUAAACAAGUCCCAAACUGGGACUCCAGGCAGCGAGGGGACUCCAGUCACACCCAGCAGCACUCCCCGCGCCACCAACGCCACAGAGGAGCCUCGUCAGAUAAAGACGGAGCCGGACACUCACAGCUUGUACACACACCACAGCACACACACACAGAUUUCAGCCCUGCCAGCCUACAUGGCAGCUCAAGGAGGGGCCAUUCCUCUCAAGAUGUCGCCUGGGGGACACAGCGGGUCCUCUGGCUCCAAAGCCGAGCCCUGGAACAACCUAAUCCUGGCUUAGAAGACCUACGAUCCAGCAUCUCCAACCGACUCCUCCGUACCGAUUAAACUUCCCCGACAGACUAGAGUCUUGGGAAGGCGGACUGCCGCUCUGGGUGCAGAUGAUCCCACACAGCUGCCUACACGCCGUAUGUGCAGCGCCUUCAGUACAAAGAUAUGGGACAGAAAUAUGGGAGCCACUACAGAAAUGGAGAUCUUACACAUUACUGCACGGAUACCGUGUGCACGAUCACAGCAAUCAAAGACUGAAUGGAGUUUGUGUUAGACAAUCGUGAGAGAGCAGCUCUGUGAUUAGAUCCACACGACAACGUUUGAUAUGAAAAAAUGCAACUGUGAUAGAAGAUAACUUUUUUUGUCACUCUCACCUAUUGUGCCGUGCCAGUGCUCGACUAAAACUGUAUCAUAAGCCAGUGAAAAAUAACAGUCAUGGUCAGACUUUAUCUCCCAGAGUUAUUUUUAAUUCCAUAUAUUUGUCUUUUCUUCUUUUUAAUUAUUUGCAUAUUAUUGUGGACAAGUAUUAUGGACAGUUUGCUAAAGAAAUGAUAGACAUACAAAACAUAUGAAGAAUCAAAGAAUCACACAAGGUAGCACUAUGGAGGUGUUGUAGUGAAUGUACUUAAAGGGUCAAUUCAUAUAAAUAAGAAAAGUAACAACUACGUAUUUUCAUACAUACCCUAGAAGUAUCUACAUUUGUAAAUGAUGUUUGAAAAACUCAGUAGCAGUGUCUCAGGAUUGGACAAAAUAUGUGCUGGUCACUUAAUAACCCACAGACCUCAGUGUGGUCAGUUUUCAGUAUUUUGUAUGUAUCCAAAGAAACUGGUACAGUGUUUUGGGGAGGCACGCCGCUAUUGAGUUCUUCAAAUGUCGUAUUUGAAUUAUUUAAGCCCCUCAGUUGUAAUGGGGUGGCAGCAGAAGUCUUAGCAGCUAAUAUCUCCGCACCAAGAAAAAACACAAACUAUUUACAUGUCUAGACAUCGCUGGAGGUAAAUAAGAUUUUUUUUGUGUGUGUGUGUGAUUUGGUUGAACUGAUCCUUUAAAUAUAUUCCAAUACAGUCAGGUAUGGCCACCUAUUCUUGAUACCCAUGACUGUAAAGUAAAAUGGAAAAUUUCGCGGCGCAUCUAAUGAAUCCUACAGAGACAAACAAACCAUAAUCGUUUCCUGUAAACUUACUGUAACAUUGAGAGAAUUGCUCUUGACAUCCAUCACUCCCCAACACCAGUGAUAUGACCUUCGGUAUAAAAAACACGAUCUCCUACUCAGUGCAAUAGGAACUGCUCCCUGGGGGCCCGGUGUCUCUGGAUCGGCUUCACCGCGUGCCAUUGUCGUUUAGAUUUAAGUAUUAAAAAACAAAAAAAACAAAAAAAAAACAUGUCAGUAUUGAUAACUCUACGAAAACAUACAUGAUAAACCAAUAUAAUGUGGAUGGAAUUCCUGUCGCAUAGCUCCCUCUGCUGACACGAGCACAGACGUGCAUCCACACGAAGAGCUUCUUCAGUACUUUGGGGCCUGUCCCAAAGAAAUCCUGCUACUAUUUAUUAUUAUAGGCACAGCCCCCAAACCACAUUAUCCUGUAAUAAACAUCUAUUAUAUGAAGGUUCUUUUAUAAAUUGCAUGAGGGCGUACUGUAUCAAAACUGUACAGUAUGUUAGCGAUACUGCUUGAAUUCGCUUGUGACAAGCAUGGCAGCGUGUAAAUGUGGGAUGCUGCCAUAUGUAAUUACCAAAAUAACAACUAUAUGAGCAUGUAUGUAAAAACUCCACUCCAGUAUAAUUGUGUAAUACACCAUUUGUGAUACAUUGUAAGUAAAGACACAGUGAGAGAUGGACAUGUGUACGUGUAUUUCGCAGUGUGCGCUAACACUACCGGACGCCCUUCCUCCUGGCGCUGGUGUAGCUCUAUUGAGGGAACCUAAUAAAGACGAAGCAUUUUGACAUAAUGCAAAAUGG